GGAUGGAGGGAUGGAGGGAUGAGUUCCUAAGAUAAAGAUCUCGACAUAAUCCGGGUUAUUAUGUUAUUUUAAUAUAUAGAUUCAGAGAUAGAUCUGUGGAGUAAUCUUAGGGCUGUAUCUUAUUUACAGAGAUCAGAGGCGCCGCGUGAUAGAUACUCUGUUACUGUGUGUGUGCGUGUGUGUGUGUGUGUGUGUGUGUGUGUGUGUGUGUGUGUGUGUGUGUGUGUGUGUGAUGGCUGGUGUGUGAAGCUUCACAUUAAUCCUCAUCCAGCAACAUUAGCUGAAUGAUGGCUGGGAAAAAAGCAAGACGUGAUGAGAUGCAGAAGCUCGAAUUAAUCAGCACUGAGGAGAGAGUCUCUCUGGUUGGCAGUGAUUCUCCAGGUCAGAAAGUGAUGGACUCGGCUCCAGAGAGAACUCUGCACAGACUCAGUACCAUAUCUGAACACGAUUCAGAUAAUAAAGCAGAUCCAGGACCUGCUGGACCCUCUUUCUCCUUGUGCUCGGUGGAUAAAUACAGCAUCGACUCGUCCUCCACCAGCUCCCUCUCUGACUCCCAGGAUGCUGACGAUGCCUGUGCGGGGAUCGUCCUCAACUGCCUCUUCUGCCGCUUCUACGACCUGUGCGUCAUGCUGCCGGAAACCUGCGAGAGAGCCGUCAGCCACGUCUGCCCCGCCUACCAGUAUCUGGUGGCGCCGUUAGAGCCGGUCCAGAGCAGCGACUGGAACUGCAACUGUGACUUCGACUGCGGCCUGUUCGACGCCUGCCAAGAAACCAGCGAGUGUCUGGAGCUCGCCAUGGAGCUCUCGGAGAUCUGUUACCGCUAAUGCUAGCGCUAACGUCAAAACGAGCCAAAAGCGAAGCGAGAGCUGAAGACUGAAGAGGCGGUGAGCCGUACGGUGAGCGUGGUCUUCCAGAGUCCAGUCCAGUCCAGAGCCAACACAGUGGACGAUGGUACCAACUGAUGAAUUCACUCCUAACCAGAAAAAGAUUGUCAACAUCCAACUUUAGCAUCCAACAUGAACUUUACAUAAAAACACAACUAUGCAGACUGAUCUUUUUUGCUGAUCGCAAUCGUCUCUAAUAUGGUUGGGAUGAAAUAUCGAUAUUACAAUAUACUGUAUUGCAGGGGUCGGCAAUAGACAAGCAUGAAACAUCUGGCCUGUAAGGUUGCUUGAACUAUA